GAUAGAACUCAAAACCAUAGAGCUAGUGCUUAAAAAAAAAGAUAUAUGUCAAUGUCAAUCGCAUGUGAUUUUUGUAAGAAUUAGUAAAAUAUUUAAAAAGUUAAUUAACUGCAGCAUUCAGCUUAUUUAUAUUUUAAUUAGGCGCUUCGCUUGUGAUCAGCUGUAUCAGUGUCAGCGCUCAGAGUGAAGGUGCAGAAUACAUAACCUUAAUUUUUAUAUAACUAGCCAAAUAUUAAACCAUGAGCCAUUCAUCUGGAUCUGGUGGUAAUUUGAAAAGUGGACUUAUAGAUUUCACUGCAGGCUCUCUAGGUGGAGUGGCUGUGGUUUAUGUUGGACAGCCCUUAGAUACAGUGAAGGUAAAGAUGCAAACCUUCCCACAUCUCUACAAAGGGAUGUAUGAUUGUUUGAGACAAACAUUCAGGAAUGAUGGCAUAAUCCGUGGGUUGUACGCGGGGACAACACCAGCCAUCAUGGCUAAUGUGGCAGAGAACUCUGUUCUCUUUGCAGCUUAUGGUUACUGUCAAAAAUUUGUUUGUCAUGUCACAGGUACUGAGAGUGUGGAACAGCUAUCAACACUAAGCAAUGCAACAGCUGGUUUCUUGGCAUCAUUCUUCUCGUCAUUUACUCUGUGUCCUACAGAACUCAUCAAGUGUCAGCUGCAGGCGAUGAGAGAAGUCAAUGUCCAGGGCUCACAAACAGUUGCAAAAGUAACACCACUGCAGUUAACACAGCAGAUAUUUAAACAGUAUGGUAUACAAGGAUUGUUUAGGGGUCUUGUACCCACCAUCAUGAGAGAAAUGCCAGGAUAUUUCUUCUUCUUUGGAGGAUAUGAAGGCACUAGAGAAUUGUUAGCAAAGCCUGGCCAAUCCAAAGAAGAUAUUGGUUUCUUCAAGACGAUGGUGGCCGGAGCCGUCGGCGGGCUCGUACUGUGGACUGUUAUAUUCCCGUCUGAUGUAAUAAAGUCACGUGUACAGAUAUCAAACAAAAGUCAAAAGUUCCUGACCGUUGGACUAGAGAUUAUACAAAAGGAAGGUGCUUUAGCUCUUUACAACGGCCUCAAGCCUACGUUAGUGCGAACCAUUCCAGCCACAGCAGCCCUGUUCGUGGUUUACGAAUAUUCCAAAAAGUUCAUGCACCAGUCCUUUGGGGAUUAAUAUUACUAAUUGCGUACAAAAUAUGUUGUAGUCUAGAUAAAUAUAAUAGGUUAUCUAUAAUUAUAUUAAUUGUAAUAAAUUUUAUUGUUGUGAAA